AUGAUGAAAUCUGGGGAGGAAGUUAGUCAGGGUCAGCAAAUGGACGGUUUUGUGAAGGAGAAAGCUGCUGGGGAAUCGAGCGAUGGCCGGAAGAUCAAGACGAGCCUUUCUAUCAAUCUGAAUUCCUUGCCUACAAUGGCCCCUGCUCCUGUGGAGAUUGUUGUCUUGCACGGUGCAAUGGAGUCAGGCGCCAACGAUGCUGAGUCCAGUGGCACUGAUAAGAAGAAGCUCCCGAAGAAUGAGGAAGUUGAUGAAGGCAAAAUUCAGGCACAUGCAGACAUGAAGAGCGACUCGGUUGACCCUUUGAACAACGAGAACCAUGCUGGGGAGAAGGAUGCUUUGGUAAGUGUGCUAGAAAAUGAGGGGUGUGCGGAUAGUGGCGAUAAUUAUAAGGGAGUUCAAGUUCUCAGCGUUGUCAAAAAGGAUGAGCCUGAGGAAAUUGUUGAUUAUAUUAAUCGUGUAACAGUUGCGGAAUAUGGAGAGGAGAAGGGUGCCGCCGGUUCUACUUCUGCAAUUACUGCGGUGCGAGCACCUAGCUCCCGGUCAUCUUGUUACCAUGGCGUGAUCAGGCAUAGGUGGAGUGGGAAGUAUGAAGCUCAUUUGUGGGAUAGUACUUGCAGAGUAGAAGGACGGAGAAGGAAAGGAAAACAAGUAUUUUGA